AUGCACGGCUAUCCCAGGUCCCGCCGAGAAACUCUCGGGCUGGAGGACAUUGCUCGUCGCCACAGCUUGCGUAUUAUCUACCCCGACCGCAACGGGUAUGGGUUCACGAAUCUUAACUCAGAUCGAAAGAUUGCUGACUGGCCGGCUGAUGUAAAAGCACUCGCUCAGCAUUUGAGCCUGUAUCAAUUUGCGCUUCUGGGUGGCUCUGGCAGCAGUCCAUAUACUUUGGUCUGCGCUCACCAGCUACCCGCAGGAAUGCUCUCUGGCGUUGGGAUCAUGACUGGAGCGGGACCUUGA